AUGCAUCAAAAAAAGCUUGUUGUCAGGGAAGCAUCAGCAAUAAUCAGGGGGUUUGUUUGGGGAAUACCCAGUUCCAUCGAUGAUGAUAACAGCCCACCCCAAUUCACAGACGGUGAACCUGCUUGUGCUAUAGAGCUGUUAAUGUUAUUUUUCAACAACAUGUCUGUUGAGUUUAAAGCACGAAUCGGAGGGUUUAAAGACAACGUGAGCCGCAUUCAUCAUUGCUCUGAAAAUCACGAACAUAAUCACAUGAGUGAUACACGUUUUGUAGAUCUUCUGGACAUUGAUGACUUGAUGCGAGACUUCUUAUUAGAGACGCAAGAGUGUAGCUCGGAGGAGGAGCAAGAAAAAGAAUUUUGUUCCGUUCUUUUACAUCAUUUGGUUGUCAGGGAGAAGAAAUUCCCCUGCACAUACGAAUCUGAUUGUAAAGGAAUGCAUAUGCAACGUAAUACUACAAACUAUGAGAAUGGUAACUGCUAUCAGAAAUUCGAAAGGAUGACCGUCAAAAGCAAGCUAGUUCUAUGUGUCAGUCCAACUGUACAAGUUACAAACAGAGACAAGUCCGUUUUUGGUGGUUUGCAACAUCUGUAUCUCUCUUAUAUGCAAGGAAAAAAGAUAGCCGUUACUCCAGUUCAUACUGAAGAAGAAAUGGAGUUGUAUCUGUUAUUACGAAGAAAUAAUCCUUCGCUUGCAAAUCAAGUGUCUCUGAAAAAACAUGGCAAGAUUUCACCAUCUUAUGGUCUCAGCAGUGUAAUGAUGGCAAGUUUAUUUUAA